CACACUCAUAAGGCAGAAAGGCACCACACAGUGAAGGAACACACAAAAGGAAGGCACAGAGCCAUCCAUCCAUCCAUCCAGGCCCAUGGACCGAUUGACUGACGAUAAGGUGACUGACCAUCACACCACACUCAUAAGGCAGAAAGGCACCACACAGUGAAGGAACACACAAAAGGAAAAGGCGGCCAAUCGCAGGCACACAAGUCACACCAGCCCAACGCUCAAACACAUCACACCGACUCAAAUGUCGUCUCACAUUUCCUCGAUUACUCCACGACUGUAGGAUCGGAAUAUAUUUCAAUUUGCUCACACUCCCCGCCACCAUUGUAGCCCCCGUCACCAUUGUAGCCCCCGCCGCCAUUGUAGCCCCCGCCACCAUUGUAGCCGUUCCCACCUGCAUGCCGGUGCACACACACACAAAGGCAAACAACAGCCGCUCGUUCGUCUGCCGUGACCACCGCACACCGCCACACUCACCGAGGCUGUAUUUCUUGUAGAGGACGGAAUUGACCUUCAUCAUGCCCACGUGGUCAUUGCCGUAGUGGGAGAUGGUGGUGAGGUAGCCGCUGAGAUAGUUGGCCACGUACAUCUGUGUGUGGACGGGGAGCGGAGGGGGCAGCCACACGCACACACACACACACACACAGAGGGGUCAGAUAUGUGUGUUGUGGGUGGGUGUGUCGGUGUCGGGUGUGACAUACAUAUUUGUGGAGGCUCUUCUCGAUGUACGCGGUGCACAUGGCGUCUUUGUGCUCUUUGGCUGCGUAAUACAGCUGAACGGACACACAUCAACAACACAUCCAUCCCAUCCCCAAGUGUGUCAGUCCGUCUGCCCCCCUCUGCCUCUCACCUUCUUUGUCGCCUCGUAGAGCUCGACAUAUGAGUAGAUCAAAUCCUUGUAGGUCGAGAGAGGCUGAGAGAGAGAGAGAGAGAGAGAGAGAGAGGUCACUUGAAGCACACAGACACCGAAGUACGUUUGCAGACCUUGUAAGGAUCGUCAUUGUAGUAGAGCUUCUCGAUGGCUUGGGGCACAUAGGGAUGACCACGGCUGACAUCACACACAGGGAGAGAGGGAGAGGGUCAAGAUGGUCGCAAACACAGACACCACGUACCUCUGCAAGUAGUUGAUGAUCUUAUCAACCUUCGUCACAAGCAUUCUAAAGUAGUAGAAUGCGGCAUGACCAAAUCCUUCCAGCCUGACAACCAGACAGACAGCACACACGACCUAUGGUGCACUGAUGUGUAGAGGGGUGUGCGUGAGGGUGGGGUGCUCACUCGACUUUUUUUUGCCGGUAGUAGUAGCCGAUGUUCUGGAGCUUGUAUGCGUGCUCCAGCAUGUGGUUGAUGUAGUCAUUGAUCUCAUGCCUCAGGUCGUCAGGGAUUCCCCACUUGUCGUCCCCAUUCCACGCAGGCACAUCCUUAUCCUCCUUGUCCUCAGCUGCCGGCUUCUUGCCCUUGACGCUCACAGCGUCGUCCUCAGCCAGAGACCGCACGAGGGAGGGCGCCUGCUGCUGCUCCUCCUGCUGCUUCUCCUCGCACAGCGCCACAGACACUGAGACACAGAGACGGGGGAGACACAGCACACAGGCGGACAGCGGCACAGCAGACACACACAGGCAGACAGAGAGUGAUGUCCCGUGCGGUGGUGCUCUGCCUUCGUCGUGCUGUGAGCGACGUACCUGAGGCGGCGAGCAGCAGCGUGACGGCGACGAGAGAACACACGCGCAUCGUGACUGUCGGCGGCAGCACUAGUGUGGGAGGAAGAGAGCGAGGGAAAACCCGAGAAAAGCGAAAAGAAGCGACGGAAAGGGACAAAGACGGCCGAAG